AUGGCCACUACUCCAAUGCCAAAAUGGCUUUCUGAUGUUACUGGACUAAAAGAAUGGCCAGGAGCGGACCCACCUUACAUUCCAUUGGACUUCAUUGACUUGAAAGCAAUACCAAACUUUCCCCCUCGGUCAGCAGGUACAUGUCCUCCAGACCGUUCCAGCUGCUCGUUUGAUUGUUUCAAAUGCAUUUCCUUCGAUGAUGCUUACACUUGUCCCGUCCUUUCUCAGACCUUCGAUGACGGUCCUUCAGCCUCAACGCCUAAACUUCUUGCAGGUCUAAAUCACAAAACUACAUUCUUCACUGUUGGGAUGAAUGUAGUUCGGUAUCCAGAAAUCUAUAACCAGAUCAAACAAAAUGGGCAUUUGCUUGGCUGUCACACAUGGUCUCAUAAGUUUUUGCCAGGUCUAACAAACGAGCAGAUUGUUGCUCAAUUGGAAUGGUCCAUUUGGGCGAUGAACGCAACUGGUGCCCAUUUGCCGAAAUGGUAUAGACCUCCAUACGGUGGUGUUGAUGAUAGAGUUAGACAAAUUGCUAGGGCCUUUGGAAUGCAAGCUGUCCUUUGGGACUAUGAUACGUUUGAUUGGAAAAUGGAGACAUCACCACCAUCCAAAACAUCCAGCCAGAUUUUCAACGAUGUGAAACAUUGGAAAGCUUCUGGGUCAACCGGUCUUAUUCUCGAACAUGAUGCUUAUGCAUCUACAGUUGACGCAGGAAUCGAAGUGAGCAAAAUUCUAGGCAAUAAUCAAAUGACAGUUGCUGAAUGUGUUGAUAGUAUUGAUUAUAUCAAGACCUAUGACUGA